AUGGCGUGUUGCGCGCGCGCUCUGCCCACUAUCUUCCUUCAAGUCAACAUGCUGUUAAUGUUGUACGCGGGUGCGGGCUUGGCGACGGCGGCUCGGCUGAAAUGGGACCCCAGCACAUACGUGGCGCUGCGCGAGAUGCUGCCACGGGAGUACCGUGCCGCCGCGGCCAUCCUCCUGGCAGGGAGCUUGGCGUUGCUGGUGCUAGCUCAUCUCGCGCUGGCGGCGCUCUACUCGCGUAGAGCGAGACGCCUGCUACUCGUUAUGUAUGCGGCGUUAAUGGCGGCGAUGGUGAGCGCGCAGACCGCGUGGGGCUGGUGGACGGGGGUGCGGGUGGCGGCGUGGGCGCGCUCCGCCCAGGCGGACGAGCUGAGGCGGGCGCUGCAGCUGCGCGAGCACCUCGCCCCCCUGCUGCAGCACCUGGCUCACUGGCACCCCCUUCCGCAGAGGCUGAACACGAUCAUCAAGGAGGCGGAGGCGGACGCGCCAAGCAACGCGUACGUGGCGGUGGCCGCGAGCGCACUCCUGAUGGUGCUGCAGCCCGCAGCUGUCGCCCUGGCCUUGCUGCUGGCGGCGAAAACCACAGAGGUGCGUCGCGUCGCAGUCGCCAAUACCAGUGUCAGCCGAAGCGAUGACAGCGAGCAGAGGCCAUUGAGGGCGGUCUACAAAAAUGGUCGACUCGUUAUGGUG